AUGGGCCGCGUUGGCUGGAUGAUCAUCUCCGACGACGACCCAUCUUCGAGCGCCAAGCCCACGAUGGAGCGAAUUUCUAAAUAUGUCCGUGAAACUGCCGGUUGGAUGUGGGGGUGAGUGACUUCGACGGCUUCCGGGGUUCUUUGUGCAGCUUCUUCUAACUUUCCAACUUUAAUUAUUCAUUAGAGAAUGGAAAAAAGCUUCUAUCACCCUAAGUUUCCAACUUUUCUUUGCACUUCUUACUGCACAAGUGUUGCCUCGAUUUUCAGUUUAAGAUUAACCUUCUACUGCAGAAUAUACUUAGGUGUUUUUCGUGGUCCCUAUAGGGAUGAGGGGGCGAAGCAGCCCUUAUGGAGACCGAAAAAGUGGUCCCUAUAGGGAUAAAAUCAAAGCGUUCUUAUAGGGGUUUGGGGUCUCACUUCUUAGUCCUCUAAAGCUUAAGUGGUCCCUAUAGAGGUUCAGGGUCUGAUUUUUCCGUCCCUGAAGCUCGAGUGGUCCCUAUAGGGUAAAAUUAAAGUGGUCCUUAUAGGGGUUUAGGGUCUGGUUUUUUAUCCCCGAGGCUGAAGUGGUCUCUACAAGGUUUUUUUUGAUUUAAAAAGUCAUUUUUUUUCCUUGCAUGGUUAUGCUUGUUCGCCUUGAGUUCAUAGAAGUUAUCGACUAGCAUGUUUUCUAUAGAGGCCACUUUUGCAAGCUUUAGUGGCCCCUGAAGGGAUUGGGGUCCCUUAGGUUGCCCCUACAGGGACCGCUCUGCAGUUCCUAAGUACCAAUUUUGAAAUCAACUAAAAAGAUUUUGGAAACUCAACCUUUCUCAGUUGAUAGUUUUUAUUCAUUCAGAGCGACGAAGGAAUCUAUCCGAAUUCUGAAAAGUUCAAUAUACUAAAAAAUUUAUUCUCACGCCGGUUCCCUAAAAAAGAAGAUCAGAAGAAGAAGAAGGACAAAACAAAAAGAUGAUGUUUUGAUGUGUGACCAAGAGAUAACUAACCGAGACACUUUUACCAAACCAACACUGAUAAGCUAAUCAAACAAACGACAGAAGUGGUGAUUCGAAGCUUGUCACGCCAAAAUUAGUACAGCCAACAAUUUUUAUCAUCUUUUUGAUAACUAAUCAACGAUCCGGAUUCACACGAUGCGUUUGAGAUAAGCUAUAACUGCCAAAAUUCGUCACUUAAGAACGACUGGAAAAAUCAAAGAAUUCAUUGAAAAAUGCAAUUUUCGGAAAUUUCGCUGGAAUAUCUUGUAUUCUGUAUCUCACAGGGAAGGUCACUUUGCGGUUGGGAAUUUCUUGAAAAUCAACCAGAACACUCCUCGAUGUACCAGAAAAUGAUUCGGAAAGUCACAACCUGCUUAAAUUUUUAGUACUCGAGAAAUAAGGAUCUAAAGCCCCAAAAUAGCUUAUUUCAAUGGAUUUUCAGCGUUUUCUUGCAACGUCUUUUUUUGAAAAGUAAAAAGUUGUGCAAGCUGAGGCUUCCAAAAUCUUCUUCAGGUACACCAGGUUGUGAUAUAGCCGAUUUUUAGGAAAAUCCCAACCUCCAAGUAAUAUGAUCUAUCUUUUCAGAUAUUUUCAGUUUGAGAAACGUUUUUUUUUCUUUGCAAAAUAAUCUGAAAAGUUGAAAAUAAUGGUCUUUGUUUUAUGGAUUUUAGAGGACAACACAGAAAUCCGCCAAAUUUCUGUAAGCUUGAGAAUAUUCCGUAUCAUUUUCCGGAAAAUAAAGUUCUUCUUAGCUUUUCGACGCUGCAAUUUUUCGACUUACCUUUCGAAAUUCGAGGCAAAGAUAAACUAAUGUCUAUUGACUUAUAAAUAAGCUUCAAGGAUUGUUGAUAAAAUCAAAAGUUAGCUUUAAACACACCGAUAAGCAUGUUGAGCAUGGAAAUUUUUUAUUCUCCACUAAACUUGACCACCAAAGGCUGAAAAACUUGUCCGCACUUAAUUCUGCAAAUUAUUAGAAGACUUUAAUUAACUAAGGCUAGCAGUGAAUCAAAUACGCUUCCCCAGAUUUACCUCAACAAAACCUCUCUCUCUCAAAUCGAAAUCAACUAUUCUAACAUUUCUCAACGUCGUUCUCCCUAAUUAGACAUGAUGGCUAAUUGGUUAACGAUCACGAUCAUGAAUGGGGAAGAUCAACUGGCAGCUGGUUCGAGUACUAUUAAUCCCGAUGGAGCGGUGGUUCUGGUGGUCAUGCAGCGUUCCCAUUUCUCGUCAAAUGUCAGCCCGCGGCGGUUCACGUUUUUCUCUUCAUUUCCACCCACACGCACAUCCGAAUGCUUUGUCACGUUUUUUCCUGUGUGUUUGGUUCGAAAAAUUUCCAUUUUCAUGAAACUCAUGAUCGUAAUCGGUUUUAAAUGAAAUCGCGAAAAAAUGAUCCUUCAGGAAAACAUGAAAGCUCCCCAAAAGUGAUUAAAUUCUGUUCAUGCGAAUGAAAAAUGUGGUUUUUACUUUAAAAGGGGGAUGCAUAUUUGAAGUUGCAAUAUAAUGAAACUACUGUUUUUUUCACGCCUUUCAUUUUAAGUUUUUGAAAAAAUCUCAUUUUUCGGAUGAACUACACCUAGAAAAUAAGUUUUCUGUUUCAGAAAAUUUGAAAAAUCAUUUUCGAAAAAAAAUUUUCACAUUCCGCUCAGACCUGUAAAUUGAGCCGGAAAAAUUUAGAAAAAUCAUUUUUUUCAAGCAGAGAAAUUGAAUGAAUAUUCUCAACUGAUCAAAUUUUUUUCUCAAAUAUUUUUUUCUCAGUUUUUCUUUCUUGGGCUUCUAAACUUCAGUACUGAUAAAUAUAUGAUUCGGUACCACUUCAAAAUUUUUUUUUCACAUGCGAUGAACCUAAAAAUGCCUACACGAUUAGAAAAAAAAAGAUGGGAAAAAAGUCCAGGCGGUACUUUUUUCUUCACCCAAGCUAGAGAUUAUUUUUCUAGCCUAUUCUUCUUACAAAUUUUACCAAGUAGUUUUCGACUAAAACAUUUUUUCUUCAAGUCUUUUGUGGUUGAUAGAACUUUGAAACUUCUCCGCGCCAUCGUUAUAUUUUUUUUUGAAAGUCCUCAUAGAAGUUUCAAUUGAGAAGAAGGUUGCGCUCAUAAGAAUAAUAAUUCUCAAGGUGAAGUAGCCUCUGUGGAGGGUUGAAAUGGCGCGGUUGUUUGGUCGGUCAAAUUCAAAUCGAAAGGCCACACGGAGGGCUUGAGUGCCUGGAAAAUCGUCUUUGUGUAUGCGUUGUUUGUUGAUGAGGCGCUUCAUUUUCCCACUAAUUUUUCAUUUUUCUCUUAGAAUACAGAUUAUUCGUAUACAUCUUCGUUUUAGGUUUUUUGAAACUGUAAGGUCUGUCUUUAAGCUUUUUCUUCAACUUUAAACCGGCUUCCGAUAAGGGCUUACACCUUUACAUCUAAAAAUCAGCGUCUUGUUAUUCUUUUUCUGGAUUAAAAAACUGUUCGAAGUUCUGCCCGACGCUUCUCAAUCUAUUUUUUCCAUUGGAAAUUUCACAAAAUUUACAAGUUGUUAUAGAGUUUUCUCGAGAAUUUUGCAACACAUUAAUUGAGAAAAAGAUUAUAAUGAAUUUAGGCUCCCCGGAGGCCAGACCAAUUGUAAAAAGUGUUUUAUUGCUAUCGGAGUAGGUGCUCACUUGAAACAGCCGCGUUUCUGCACUCAAUUCCUUUGUUCGACCGUUUUAUGGUCCUCCGGAAUCUAAUGUUGGUUUUGUCUUUCCUAAUUGCUCUUCUGAAAGGACCAGAGCUCAGGAAUAGAUUAAAACCAAAUUUUGAAGAUAUCUAGAAAAGAAGAGUCGAUUCUGAAAAAGUCUGAAGAACUUUCUUCGAUACGUUCAUGUAUGUAUGAAGCUUGCAAGUGAGCUUGGCCAGACUAAUUCUGCGCUAUCGCCGUAUUUGCUCUAGAAAUGAGACGCUUUUUUUGGCAUUCGGCGGCUGGAAUCUGUUCUGGAAACAGGUUGAAGAGACCGGAGCCUCGGAACGCGUGCCCUUGGGGCCGCCAUUUUUUCUCGGCUUGCAGCGAAAACAGCGGCUGAAGUUUGAAGCUUUGGUCAAGUUUCCCGUUCAGCGGUCAAUUAUCUGCUUUAUGGAUUUUUGUUAUAAUAAAGUUGUUUUUUGGGCUUAAUUUUUUGAACGGAAUUUUUUGAACGUUUUAUUUUCAUUUAAUGGAGAGAGUAUAUGAAGAUUCCUCCUUGAAUCUAUUCAAAAAUUUUCCCUUUUCAGUCAAUUUUUGAACCUUAAGAUCAACGUCUUGUAAGUCUUUCAUUCAAAAUAAGUUUUUCCGUCAGUUUGUUUUUUUAGAUUAAUUGUUCUCUUUUCCAUUCAGAAAAUAACAAAACGGUCAACAAAAUGAGUAUUUGAAAAAAGGGCACCUCUGUCUUUCAAUACACAAAUCCCUCAAAAUAUCACAUGCUCUUUCUUCCAUUGACGCCUCUGCUUCGAGCUGUUUCACGUCAUCAUUCAAAUCCCAGAAAAAUUGACACGUGACACUUUUUCUUCCUUUUGACGUUUUUUAAACUUUCAAGUUCAACACACUUUGGGGCCUAAAUUCCGACUUUCCUAUUUUAGAAAAAGACAAGGUUUCAAAUUCGAAAAGGCACCUUGCUGCAUAUUUUCCUUGCAAUCUCCGCAUUCCAUCUUAAUUCUUCUCGAGGCGGUUGGUUGGAGACGAAGAACUCGUUUUGCUUCAAGUUGAGGACCCAAUUCGUCACCAAAAUGCUCAUCAAUCCAAAAACAGUUAUUGCGAAGUUUAGUUUCAUCUCAUUUUUUUGUUUCUCAACUUGAAAAAAAAACAGUCUUCAUAUUUUUUUUUCUUCGAAUGAUGAAAAAACAAAAUGAAGCUGGGGAACUAGACGGAAUUGCGAGAAUAACAGAUGAGAUGAAAGAGGACCCCGUUGUCCGUUUUUUUCCUCCCAGCUUGAAAAUCUAAAAGCCACAUGUUCCGUUUUGUUAUGAAAAGAGUUUUCAGUCAUGAAAACUUUUUUAGUUUUCUUCCACAAAAAUGUUUCUAUUCAUACGAAACCCCCAUUUUGAGAGACAUUUUGAUGGAACUGUCGCUGACGCGCUGAUGCGUCAGUUUUCUUUCCCUUUUCUCCAGUCACAACUCUUAGAAACGGCCGUUUUGAGUUAUUGUGUACUAUUUUGUCAACACAACAAACCUGUUCAUAUUUUCAAGAGCCACGGGGUUUCUCGGCAUAGUUUGUUUGAGUUUUCGUAACAAGAAACUGCGGUUGACGUCAUUCUGUGUUUUUGAAACUCAGAAAGUGAAGAGGGUCGAAUGAAAACACCUCCGUCUUCAAUGACACCUAAAUGAUCGGGAAGUGUCAGUGAUACUUUGAUCGAUGGAAACAGUUUGGGUUCAUGACAGCGAGACUUUUCAAGUCGUGAAAAAACCUAGUAGGCUCGAAAAUGUGAAAAAUUCUGACUAUGAUGAAACCGUAAUUUUUUUUAAUUUUGAAAAGUUGGUUAACCGGGGUUGUAAUUUUCUCGGCUUCAUUUUUUUACUUUUUUUCAUCGUAGUCAGGAAUUUUUGGUACUUUGAAGAUCCAUUUUUAGAAUCGCUCAAACGUUUGUUUCCAACAUUGGAUUUCAAAAAAUAAAACCUGAGUUUCGUAAUAAAUUCUAAUCGAUUUCUUCCCCGUGAAACAUAAAAACAAAUCAAUAGAUAAAGUUGAUGAUGAGUUUCCCGUUGUUGUGAACUUUCAAAAGUUGUACGUCAGUUUGUACACAAGGAGACGUAACGUCGUGAUUCAUGUUUAAUCGCAUGCGCGGUCGUCCUCCGUGGAAUUAUUCAAGUUUUGACGUCGAGUGCGCAUCCUGUAAUGUCCUUUUGCCUUUCUUCACCAACUUUGUCAACUGGAGCUGACACGUUGACUCUUUUUAGUAUAGUCGAUUCGUACUAACUUGAAGGUUUCCUUCGAAAAAGUCGGAUUUGAUCUAAAUUAUUUUGGAGCGAGGUUGUUGGAACAUGUCCAGAGCCUUCAAAAAUGAAAUAAACUUCUCAUGACUAUUUAAGUUAUUUAAAAUGUAGUUUACUUCAAGACGAGCUCUAAUGUGACAUCCACAGAAGGUCCAAUAUUUUUAUUUUUGGUUGAAUCAAGUUUUUCUUCUAGGUUAGUAGUUUAAAGAUUUUUGUUUCAGUGGGUUAACCACUUUCCAGUACUCCAUAGGCCAAAAAAAAAUUCAUUAAACGAUUUUUUUUUUCAAAUUUUUCUAUUUGAUCAUUAAAAAUUCACAGACAAGUCAAUUUUCAUCGCUAAUUUUCGUUCACCUAAUGCAGGCAGGAUUUUUCAUAGCGAUUUUUUUCCUGUGUAUUGGCUAUUGGAAGUUCUUGAACGCACACUUUUAUUUAAAAAUAUCUUUUUACUUCAAAUAGAAAUUGAAAAAGUCAUAACUUUCUCAAAAACUCAAACGUUUGAACUGUAUUUAUCAAAAUUUCAGGAUUCAUAGAUCAACCUAGAAACGUUUUGGUAUCGUCCCAGAAAAGAUUAUCAUAUUUUUGCCAAAAAAUCCAUCGGCGACUGAGGUAGCAAAACUGAUAGAAUGAGGAGAUAACUAUCCAAGGUUUUUAUGACCACGAUGGAGGUCGCAGGAACGCGCCAAAGUGACGGCGCAGGUGGCUCUGACCGUUUGUCCAGGCGUCGGAACCGUCUGAACGCAUAUAUAUUCCACCGGGCUGCUUUGCUUGGCUGCAAUGUCACGGAAUAUUCAACUAGAAAAUUUAUUUUAUUUAUUUUUUCUCAUUGAUAGUUUUUGGAGAAAAACAAAUCUUGAUGAUUUUUUGAAUUUUUUUUAUGAAUCCUUACUCAAUUUUGAAAAAAGAUUUUGCAUUUUCAGUGCCUUUUUCAUGUUCAAUAAUUAAUGAGAUUGCGUGAGAGAAGUUUCAAACUUAAGUACAGUAAUUCUAAAAGUUCGGAACUUGGUUAUUCAUAGUUCCGAAUCUUCAAUCUUUUCUCAGAGAAUAUUCGAAGCUCAGCUUUGGGUGAGCUGCAUUGAAAAAAAUGUAAAAAAAGAAUUAUUUUUUUAAAAAAAACUGAAUGUAGUUGUUGUCCUGAAGUUCUAUAGCUUAUUUGUAACAACAACAAAAACUAGCACAAGUGUGUUUUUUUUUUGCUAUUGAACGUGUUUGAAAACCUUUGAAUAACUUUUCCAGCCUGUCUGAAGCUAACACAACGUUUUUAAUAAGUUUCUGACACGUAUGGAAAAAUUAUACGACCCUUUUUUUUCUUUUAAAGAUUCCAGUAUCAAAAAGAGCAAUUUUUCCGGAAAGAAAAAAAGUUUUAAUGGUUCAGUCUUGUCACGCAAGUCUAUAAAGUUUCUUGGAAACUCGAAACAACCGAGCACACGUGUACUUUCUCUGCCAUCGGCGUGUAGUUGACCACGAAAAGCACAACUCGAACCACCGCAAACAUUGAUGUUUUGUGUGGUUGAAUUGCCGGGGUCGUCAGUUGUUCCGUCAGUCAAUAUUACCGCCAACCCCACAGGCAGCAAGAAAAAGCAGCCGGCUGCUGGGCUUCCUUCUGUUUGUUUUCUCGCGUUUUGUCAGCCGUUUCUGCGCAUUCCCCAACCACCGUUUUGUCGUUUUUCUCUUUUUCUUCUCGUCUCUCGUCUGCCGUUUUUUUAGUUGGAGAAAUAUUUUGUUUUUUUCCGGCUUCUGGAUCUCGCGCGAUUUCUCGGACGCACUCAACAGCUGUCGGAGAUCGCAUGAACUUCCUAUUGCGAGAUCCGCGAUGUUCAUGCGUCCUUUUCUCAAACUUGGCAUAAGUCGUUUUAAAAUCCUUCUCUUUUUUCUGAAGUUUUUCGAUAUAGUUUUUUGAAAGUUAUUCUUGCGUCAAAGAAAGGAACUAUGAAGGUUUUUCGUUUCUUUCAAACUUAUUAAAAUCAAUAUUGAAAUUCUGAGUAGCUUUCGAGAAAAAUGCGAGCUUACUAGCUCUGAUCCCGGUUUCAUCCCCUAGUAGAUGUUUUCGGAGAAAAGAUCAGAUUCUGAAUAUUUUCGUGGAAUAUAUUCAUGUUUAGUAUGACUUCAACCUCGCCCUUGAGAAAUCUCGCUUAAGACAACAAAAAAAAGUUGAUUUGAGAUUUUUCUACGAAAGUCACUAAACCACUUUUGGUACAAACCCAUAUCCACACCGUUCAGCGUUGAUUCGCCGUCAUUCUGACCCAACUUUCUCUCGUUUUGAUUGUCGGUUUCCCAUCUUUCAGGCUGUGCCCGACCUCCAAUAAGGCCACUUAACACGCCGCGCCUCAACCAAAUUUCUAGUCGUGACUACAUUUACUGCAAAGCACAAUCAGAAAGCUAUUUUCGAAUUCGAUAUAUGUGUGAAACAUUGACUUCACUGAUAUGGUCGUCGUGGUCGUGAAAACCUUGGUCGUGAAAACCUUGGUAAACAUUGCGCUUGAACGAUAGCCUUUUUAUGCGAAUGGGAGGUUUUAUUUUCAUUCUUUUUGUCUAUAUAGGCGUGAGGAAAAUGAAAAAAAAAGGUUUGUGGAAAAAUGAUUCUGUAAAUGUUUUGUUUGCUGCUACGUGGCUUUUUUCUCGAGUUAUUCUUUUCAUUCUUAAAUCUCAAAAUUUUCCGAUACUUUGUUUUCUCAUUUAUAACUCCAACGUUUUUCAAAAGUUGGCCAAAAUAAACUUCUUCACGAUACUUUAAUAAUUUUGACCAUUAAACCGUUUCAAGCAAGAAAUUUUCAGUUUUUUUUAUUAGGUGACAGGAAAGAUACCAGUUUUGAAACUUUCGGCUUCUAAGAUCAAAAAAUGCUGUCUUAUAAUUAGUUCUAUUUGUCCCGCUGAGACAGUGAUUUUUCAAAAAACCGACCUUUUGGGCCUUUUUUAAACCUUCAACAAAAGAGUAUUCCCAGGCUUUCAUUGGAAAUUGCUAGAGUGAUACUUGAAAUCGCAUUUUUUAGAGCUUUCGAAUGAUUUUCUGUUUUAUUUCUCUGUUGCUCGUUCUUUCGGUCGUCGUCACUGUGUGCUUGCUUGGUGGUCGAAAUGCACAACCUUGUUUAGUUGGAUGUCAGUUGCACCGGAGCUGCGGCAGACGUCGCAACUCGCCCGCCACUCUUCCGUCGACAUCGACGACGCUCCCGGCUGCUGUCCCGCCAAGAUCCUCAUCUCCAGUAUCGUCAGUUUUGCAACGUACGUGCCUUUCCUAUGUUUAGUGCAAUGGAAUUAUUUCAAAGUGGUUGUGUUCGACGGCAUGAAAGGUACUUUCAAGAUCAGGGACGGGAAGGGUUCCUACUUCAAAAAUUAUUUUUGGAAGGUCCUGGUCUUGAAAGAUGCCGCAUGAAAGCAUCAAAAAACCCGGAAAACCAUACGUAGACGUGUCGUUAAAAAUUGUUUACUAGAACGGCCUAUCAAAAUAAAUGUUUCCGACUGAUCGUGAUAAGUUUUGUGAUAGUGGCCUGGUUAUCAAUGACAACUUCCCUGGAGUUUUGUGAUCGCAGAAUGAUAUGAAAUUGAUAAAACUGAAGUGAUGAACUGUGAAAAAAUCAAAGUAUGAAGAAUGAAAAGUAUAAAGAAUAAUGGAAAAUAAUUUUUUGAUAACUUUGAACAAUUUGAUUAUUUAUAGAAGUGUAUCCAAGACUACGGUAACGACUUCUUUUAUCUCAUUAUGUUGAACAAGAAACGACAGAUGCGAUCCAACUGAUGCACACGUGUGAUUUUUCUUUGUGAAAUUAAGACGGUUUUUCCCUCAAAGAAACACGUGCAAGUCCUAAGACAUGGCGUUUGUUGGCAUCUGCGCCUAGCCCAGGACCCCAGAUGUAUUACUUUUCUGUAUCUUCUCGCCAUCAUCGUUUCAUUCUAGCUUUAAUGGACAACACUUUCAAAGUUUUUGAAUCUUAAUGGUCGUUGUAGAAAUUCACUUAGGAGGUCACAUGUUUCAGCACGCGGGUGGGAUUAGAAACGUAGAAAACAAAAAUCUGUCAAAAUCACUUAGAGACGGAAAAGUAAAAAAGUUUUUAAUAGUAAACGCUCUGGUUGCAAAAAAUAAAAAUGAUACAGUAACGCAUGGAAAAAAUUUUGACUCUUCCGUCUUACUAUGAGUUUUUCUAAAGAUCCUACGUCUCUUUGAUAAUGGACCUUUCUACCAAAAUAUAUUUUCGGUUUCUAUACGCACUCAAGAAGUUUACUUAGUAGCCAAGAAGUUUUCACCUCUGUAGAUUGCCGGAAAAUCCAAAAUUAAAAAAAAAUCGCCUUUCUUGUCAGCCAAAUGAAAAUUCGAAUCAUAAUUCUAAUCGCUAAUUCGCUCUCUCUUGUUGCGCAACCUAGUUUGUUGCAUGAUGAAUGUUGCGAAUUACUUUUUUCUGUUCAAAUUACUGUACAAGGGUGGGGAGAAACAAGUUUUGUUUGGCUGGCAGUCAAAACGGCCGCCGGUUGACAUCAACAAACGAACGAAUCGUGUUCAAUUCGUCCGUCUGUUGUUCCACGUUUCCUUUCCUGUGCCAAGUCACUCGAUUCGUUUUAUCUCAUUGACAGUUACUUUUAUGCUUUCACUUAGGAUCCUCAUUUUUAUCAAAUUUGGGUGAAAGUCUAGGUUUCAAAGGCUUAAAGUUACGUGUCAUUCGUAGAAUCGAAAAUUCCAAUCUACCAUAAUAAUAAAUCAUUGUUCAUUCUCAGUUUCGUAUUAUCUUGUUCGACUGAACUAAAAAAUCUCUGAAGGCACAUAAAAUGGCUCAAUGAAGUUUUGGCGCUUUUGCGGCUGUAAAAACUCGUCUGACUGAAAUCUGGUCGGCUCCGAGUUUUUUUCGUUCAAAUAACAUGUGCCUAUUCAACUUUGUAUUCAAGUUGGUUACGGCCAAGAAAUAUUCAACAUUACAGAAAUUACCCAAGAAGGGCCAACGCACUAGGUAACCGCCAAGUUAUUCCCAGUGUAUCUUAAAUUUGCGAGGAAGAUCAAAAAUUUCAAAAAAGAUUAAAGUUUGCACGUAGAAGACGUUUGCAAAAAAAUUUAAUGAUAGUUUAUUCGCAGAGUUCUUAAAAAGGAGGUCAUUUCACUUUGCGGUUUGAAAUUGUCUACAUACUCGCUCAGACACUCUCUGAAUUUCUAGAUGAAGAUUUUUCAUAGUCGUGCGUUUUUAGUUUUGAGAUAUGAUUAUUCAAAUGUGCGAAAUUAAGUUUCAAGCCUAAUUUUUCGAACGUCAAAAAUAAUUAUCUCAAAAACUAGAAUCUGAAGCGGGUUACGACUUUGAUGGAAUCUCAUAUAAACCUUCAGAAAUUGUUUGAGGAAAGUGUAGAUAACUCCAAGUCGCAAAGUAAAAUUACCUCUUUGUGGGGUCUAAUUAUGUCUUAGCCGCGAGUUUCAAAAAUAUCUUGAAAACUAAAAGUUUGCGCAGGUAGAGACUAUGAGUAAUGCUCAUCUAGACAUUUAGAGAGCUUUUGAGGGGAAUCGUCAAAAUUCCAAACCGCAGAGCACAGUGACUUCUCGUGUUAGGCUCAAGACUUAUUUUUUUGGCGAAUUCCUGUGAACAUUUGAAUAUUUUAAGAUCUCAUAUUUGUGUCAUACUUAAUAAAGAGUUGUUUUCGAGGCAAACUAUCAACCAGAAACUCAAAAAAGACCUCAUCCAUCAUGCGACUCCGCAAUGGAAAAAAUUCACGAUCCUUCCUGAAUUAUGAUGCCGAUUGAUUUGCAAAUCCUAUAAACAGUACAGUAUGACAGGCCUAAGCAGUCAGUUGCGUACCUGUAUGGGGAUGUUUAUUUGUGCUUGCGAUUCUCUGUAUUGAAUAUCGUGGCCGUAUACCAGGGCGGCCACACCUUGCAAGACAAAGAACUCUCUGGGGGUCGGCCUUCUCACUCACUUGACAGCCCGGAAUGCACGGCCGGCCAUCCUUCCUCAGCACCUGCCAGCCGCCGGCUGCACUCGACUGUCUACUGUUUAGUUUUAUCCAUAAGGAGACUUCAAAAUUUUCUCAGUUUUCUGAUACCUUUUGAAAAAUCAGCCAAAAGCUUUUUUGCGGCUUCAAAGGAAUAGAUAAACGUUUUUGAAUCUUGUCCCUUUAGAACCAAGUAUUUUUUUAUAUAACGCAUGGUUUUCUAUGGAUGACACUGUAAAGCGAAUUUUUGAACUUUUGAUGCGACAGUGAACUUUUGUUAUUCACUGUUUCACCUGGUAGUUUUAUGUGUAUUGAAAUGAAAUUUUUUGUUUGAGCUGUUAAGCUUUUUUUGGAACUGACGUGAUGAAACUUUUGAAACUGGCUUCUCAUGUCUAAAAAGCCGGAAUCUCGAAUUUUGGAAUUUUCCGAAAAUUACAUUAAUCUUUACUCUUUAUUACGUGUAAUGAUAAAACGAGAAUGAAAAAAAGCUGGGUAACAAAACAAAUGACUGUCUCCAACUUUUUUUCGAAAUCGUUUGAUCCCGCAGUUUAAGGAAUUUGAUUUCUUUUUUUAAUUCGAAUUAUCACAUUUUUAAAAAAACUCGAGCUGAUCUCACCAGAUGAUAAGAUUUGGAUUCCGGUUAAAACUUCUUUGAAACUUGGCAUGCUCUAGAAAAUACCACAAAGUUUCUGGGAGUUUGAAAAAAAAAUCAGAUCGUCAAUAAAUUUCUCACGGUUAAAUAUUGACUUUUUUUGAGCGCUAGGCGGCCGCUGCAGACAAAUUGGCAGCGCGAUCAAAAUAUCUGAAAAAUGAGUUCGCUUUUCAUUCUCGUGUUUCUAAUGCCGCGUUCUAGGUAUUCUCCGCGAAAUUCAAAAUUAUCUCCGGACAUCCGAAAUUUUGUCAUCUUUUGAUUUUCUGACAGCUAUUUCAAGUUUCACGGGAUCAAUUAGAACACGGGAUCAGAAUACAUAGAAAAGGUAUAGUAAUAAAAAUUUUCAGAUUUUCAAAAGUCGAAGAGAACUUCUCUUUAUUUAUUUCAUCAAAUCCAAAAAACCCUUCCAGGUCAGACCAAAAAAACGGUCUCCUUUUUUGUUGAGAAUCUAUUGAUUCGGCGAAUCACUUGCCGCCCACUUCCUUCCCUUGCCGCCGUUUUUGGAUAACAAUGCCGCAAUUGCAUAAAAGUCAUGAAACGUAGUAAUAUCGACAAAUGCGGCAUGCCAAUUAUCGCGCCAUAUGAAACUAAGUGGGCGUUUCUCAGGGCUCCGGUUUCGUGCCAACAAAAUCUGCCAGCUUUUCUCGACCGAUUCUCAUUUCUUGUUGUCCCAAAGUUUGUUCUUUUUCCGUUUUCCCUGCGUGCGAUUCCACAUAAUGUUUGCGUCCGAUAAGGACCGCAUUCUAACACGAAAUGAUUCAAUAGCUUUUUUUUUCUCAGUAGACGGCUUGUUCAACUUUUGGCCGUAUCAAAACUUCUCUUUCCCUCUUUUCUUUCCGAAGUUUUUGUUUGUGUAGACAGGGUGAUUUUCCCAUGAUCCCCACAUUGUUAUUUUAUAAGCCGUAGCAAAGAAUAGAAUAACAUCCUCCCUAUCAAAGCAUUUCCUGAUAGAAGAACGAUUCUCAUUUCCUCGUUUCCAGUUCGAAACGGUUAUUUUGUGUAAUCCUGUAGCUUAUCAGUUCUCUGUCUUGAAGUUGGUGAUAAAAUUUUCGUUUCUCGUGACAAAUUAUGUUGUGUUUUGUUGUGUCUCAUCAGUUCACCGUUUCUGAAAAAUCCACAAAUGAAGAGUUUUACUCAGAACUUCAAAACUCAUCGAGAAAUGAUCAAGAAAUCAGCAGUACGCAUAAAAGGGGAAUGAUACUUCAGGUGUGGCGAAAUUUCGGUUUAUUGAAGUUCUGAGGGAAGCUCUACACGUUGUUAGUUUUCUUCUCCAAGCUCUUUUCCGCGCUCUUCGUGAUUAGCCUUCCUGAAGUAUAACUUUUGUUAUCAUAUCGGUUCAGUGAUGACGGCAGAAGUAGCACGGUCGCCGGAAAGUUUGAACCAGGCAGAAAAUCAGAGAUUUGGUACAAUCCGAACUGUCCUAGGAGAGUGGAAACAACUGUUUGAUAGUUGUGGUUUCAUCAGAAGGAAACGCAGAUCGCCUGUGUAGGAGUUUUUGUAUUUUUAAUUUCCUAAACUGGAUUUCACUUAUUUGAGAACAUAAUAAUGAAUAUUAUUUUUAGCAGGUCGCGGAGGAAAGAAGGAAAAGAGAAGCAAGUGAGUAAGAGAGUUGCCAGUGCUGCUUACGCUCCACGUCAACCGCCGAAGUCCUCCGAUCUCUGUGUUUGCGAUUCCAUCGAUGACAAGGUUUCCGUUUAUCUUAUUUACUUGUCUACUCCAAAAGUUUCUCAACUCAGACAGCUUGGCGCGUUUUCGCGAUUCACUGUAGAGCGCAUGUUUAAUAUCAUUGAAAUACACCUUUUUCAUCACAAAAUACGUAAAUUUUGAACCGACCACCUGUAAUCAAACUAUCAGAGCUUGACUGGAAAAGAUUGAAAAAUUAAAAUCUUUGCAAGGAGUCACUCAUAGCCCAGAAGGGCUAUCAAACAUGUCAAAAAAUCGAACUAUUUUUCAGUACCUCGUGGAUUUUGGCAUUUUUUCCUUAGUGAAGAGGCUGAUUUGCGGUUCCAGAAACUUUCUAAAAGAAAGAUUUUUCCUCGAGCUUGUGAACUGAUGCGUUACUGUUGGAAAUCAACAAAAAUACUUAUUUUCAGACCGUAAAAAAGUUCACCACCUUGCCGACUGGAAUCGAUCAACGCGAAUGGAUUGCUCACAACAGUUCGUUUUUUUUCUAUUCAUUUUUUUCCGAUUUACCAAUAAAAUAUUUUUAUGAAAUGUUGUGUGCAAUAUUCUUCAACAAAUUUUUUUUUUCUGAGAUUCGAAUCAAGCUCGGGCUCAGAGGAGAUCAACCGAAGAUUCAAAACCCCGCCAAAAAAAAGAAAUUACAAUCAAAAGAUUUUGCGCAUACGCCUUCAAAAUCAACAAACAACAUUUUUUCUUUUUUCUUACAAUUUUCAUCACGAAAUUGGUUCAAAAUGCCAUAGUACUAUCCAUAACCAUCAUGAACAAUUCUUUCGCAUGCAAAAACGAAGAAAAAUAUUUCAAAUAGCGUUUUCGCUUUUCUUGAGAUGAUGGAACUACCACAGAAAUUUUUCCCUUUCAAAGAAGUAACGGAAAAGUUACAGUUUUCAAAUAAGAUACAUUUUUUACAGCUUAAUGAGUUCAACUAUUAUUUCUUUUGCGAGUUCUGAAAGAGAUUAAGAAUGAAACAAAAUUCUUCACUUUUCAAAAUUUUCAGAUCGUAAAAUUCUUUCAAAAAACUUCAUGUUUCUAGCUCUUUUUGCAGCAUGAGGUUUUUAAAUAAUGACUGUAUGAAAUUAUAAACUUCUUGUAAAAAGAGGUGCGCAAAAAUAAAAAGUUUGUUAUAAAGCACUGUGAGAAACUUCGUAAAAAAAAAUUUCCUUUUGAAUUCUAUUAUUAUCUAGCCACAAAAACGAAUAAAAAAGUUUUUUUUCAUUUCAAUGACAUUAUUUUUCAGCGUUGGGACUUUUCGACCACGUCAGCGCGUUGAGUGGCUGCAUAUCGGAGUUGUGCACGCCAGUUACGUGUCCCCACAUGAGCUUUCCUGGAACAAGGUGUGUAAAUACUAUUUUUUUAUAUAAAGAUUUUUUUCGCGAAAAAAAUUCGGAAUCAUUGCCUGCAAUUAUCAAUAGGAAAAAAAUCCUUUAAAAAAAUAAUAGAAAAAGCCAAAAGACAUAAGUUUCAUCCAUUUAUAAGUAUAAUUCAGUCGAUCUCAUCAAAAUAAAGAACUAUUUAAGUUUUUUUCCUUUGUCUUUAAUAAGAAAGAAUUACCGGCUUAUUUUUCAUCAAACUAUUGUCUCUGAAAAAAAAUAAAUCAAAAAAACUCUCAAACUUUGAAAUUUUUGCCAUGUGUUCACUAGGAAACUGAUCCAAAACGAUUAGUGCUCGAAAACAUAAAAAAGGACCGUAAUCAGAUGUUAAAAAUUGAUAGCCGUGGAACUACGAGCCAUUUUAUAUAUAAUCAGGAAGAACAGAUACGAAACUGAAGAUUUGAAUAAGAUUCUAAAAUAAAAAAGGUAAAAAUCUAACUUCGCAAAACUUUUUUUGUUUAAAUUUCAUCUGUAGUUAAAAACAAAGUUCAAAAGAGUUUGCUUCAUUGUAGGGACGUUAAAAAAUGUGUAGGUUAUUGAUAGACAUGGCAUAUACGUUUUCAAAUUUUCCCUCAGAAAAGAUACGAAAAAACGUGAAUGCGGUCACAGCUUUCUUGUAAAGAAUUCUAUCUUCCUCAAAGUUUCUGAAGUUUCGUUUUUCCUGUGAACUGGAACUUUAUCAAAGUGUUGAAAAAACAGUCGUCAUAACUCCAAAAAUUUUCAAAAAGAUUGAAUCCUUUACAAGAAAGUAGUGACUGAAAACCCCGUUAUUUUGUUCCUUCCUGAUUUCAGUUUAUUUAUUGUUAUUAUUCAGUUUGAAUGAACUAUUCAUUAUCGAAAGCUGAUUUUUUUUUCCGACCAAAUACAAAUGUUUUGGAAUGUCAUGAAAGUUCAUCAAUUUUCAGCAAAGCUCCGUAUGUGGACGAUCGUGGAAAGCGUCAAAAUUAUCCAGCGAUGCAGUACAUCGACUGCGCGAUGACUUCCUGUGAACAAAUAAGCAGAAAUGAAGAUAUUUUCCCCACAAAAUAUGGUUAGCUCUAUCUUUUUUCUUUUUAUUUUUCAAAGAAAAUCAUCCAAAGAUUGGUUUUCAGGCAGCAAAUUUUCGAACGAUUUCGAACCGACCGUGAAAAGAAUGCUGCGCAUGUUGUGGCAUUGCAUUGGGCACUUGUACACGAAACAUUGGGAGCACAUGGGUUUAAGAAAAUUCAUUUUAUUUCAAGUUGACUUUGAAACUUCAGGAGCUCUUGAGCUUCGACCUCAAGUUGCACUGGUUUUGGCCCAUUUAUCGGAACUCGGAAAAUCUUUCAACCUCAUCGACCCUAAGGACCAAGUCCACGUCGAUAACACGGUGAUAAUGGCACGUUUUUUUUUUCAUUUUUCAUUUUUUAUUUUUUAUUUUUUAUUUUUGACCAUAUUUACAAAAACCUAUAUUUGGAAACAAUGCGGUUUAAAAACUGCAAAUGCAUUUUUCUCUCACACACUUUUGUGUUAAUAUCAUGAAAACUAUAAUAAAAAUUAACUCGAACCAAAGUUUGAUGACUUACAAAUUAUCUGGGACUUCAAGUUAGCUUUAAAAGUAUUCUAAACAACCAAAAAUCUAUUUUUCCGUUUACUUUAUUUUAAUAGUAGCCCAAACAAGAAGUAGAUUGUUCCAAAAUUUCUAAACGAUUUUUUUCAGAUUCGUCCAAUUCUGGCGAUUGCCUCGCCACUGGGAGUAUCUGAAGACCAAGGAGAGAGAAAAUCCGAGAAUUCUGACCGCGCGACUCGAGUUCCGACGUCGAAAAGCGGCAGUUGGGGCGGCUAUCCAUCGCCUUCAGUUCUUUCCUGCAAACCCUACUCCCAAACAUGUUAA